AUGCGGAGCGAGAUGGGAAGCGAAGUACCGGAGGACCUGGAAGAAGGCCUCUCCGUGGAAAAACAGCAAGAGCAGCAGCUGAUGAAUAAGCUAGCUUCUCAAGGUCGGCUACCCGCUCGGCCAGCUUCCUCGUUUUUGCAGAAGAAACUGCAGCAGAGGAAGUUCUUCGACUCUGGUGAUUACGCCAUGGAUAAAGAUCGUAGCAGGCAAGUUGCACCCGUUGUUUGGUGGUCGCCUUCCUCAUCCGAUGGCUGCUCCAACGGUUUUAUCCUCAGCUUGUCCAGUCCCUAG